CACACUUCGCUGCCUUUCGCGUUACAUUAUUACAAAUGCAGUCCCUUGCAUCGCGCCCCUGCGUCCUCCGCGCGCAGCGCCCGUUCACCGCGAAGCGCAGCUCGGUCGUCCGCGUGCGUGCCGAGGCUUCCUCCUCGUCGCCUGUGCCCAUCCCCGUCUGGCCUAAGGACACAGAGAGCGCUCGCGAUGUGUUUGCUUUCGGCGGCAGCGCGCCCGAGCGUGUGAACGGCCGCGUGGCCAUGAUGGGCUUCGUUUCCAUCCUGGGGCCCGAGCUGUCCAAGAAGCAGCCAGUGCUGGAGCAGGUCGGCGACGCCUGGUUUGGCAUCCUGCUAUUCUCCCUCACCAUCACCUUCGCCUCCAUCCUGCCCAAGCUGGUGUCGGGUGUCUCCCUGAAGGAGCUGCACUCCGUGGCCACCUCUGAGAACCUGAAGGGCGAGGGCCUGCAGCAGGCGCUGGCGCUCUUCGACACCAACGUGGAGCUGUGGGCCGGCCGCCUCGCCAUGCUGGGCUUCGCGGGCCUGAUCGCCCUGGAGACCAUUAAGGGCGGCGAGGCUUUCUUCUAAACGACACACAAGUUCCGACAGGCUUGAUUUUGCAUUAUAAGACUCUGCGACAGUGCUUGGUGGGAGGUCGGAGAGGGCGGGCAAUGUGUACCGGUUGCGGGAAAGCGGAGGUUGUAUGAAGCUCACCGGAUCGCAUCUGGGUCAGGUGUGGGAGGUCGAAAGAAGGCAGUGGGCAAUGGUCCGUGAUGGGGCAGCCCUUCGAUGAGAUGAUUGCGUGUGACGCACGGGCGCCACACCAGUUUUGGGUUCGUGUAGAUGGCGUGGCGAUGGCUAAUGCUAGGAGGUUGAGGUGGAAUAGGGAGAGUGAGGACCGAACCGGCCUCACACGGUCUUUUGGGCCGUUGUGCAUGAAAGGAUACGGAGGAGGACGUGAACCGCACGCACCCAGGAUGCUGUGGGUAAAUCAGUAGUGCAUGAGGAGGUAAGAUGCAGGCAUAGCGAGUGACGGUGCCCCAAGCGGGGUAAACAGGGUGGAUGUGGCGGCUGUAAACGCUGAAGUGU